AUCCGCGUCGCGGCUAACGGCUCGUCCUCGGCGCGUCGUCGUGCUGCGCGCGCUGACGUCACCGCUCGAUAAUGGCCGCCGCCGCCCCGGCCCCCCGCGGCUGCCUCGACCCGAGAGCUUCAGUCUCUCGUCAACCCGCUUUCGGAGCGAAUGCCUUGAACGUUACGUACUUCAGAUAUCCGACGUUCGCGAACCGAGUGUGAAAUUGUUUAGUGUUUUAUGUGUACCAUGGUGACGGUGUUUAUUGUAUCUGGCAAGAAAAAUCUGUGACAAUUUAUAAGAGACACGAGGAAGACCGAUCUCUCGCACACCGAUCAACAUCCGGCGGCGAGAUGUCGGUAAUGCAAAAGCGUCAGCACUGUUACCUUUGCGACUUGCCCCGCAUGCCGUGGGCAAUGUUGCAUGAAUUUUCAGAGGCAGUGUGUCGUGGAUGUGUAAAUUAUGAGGGUGCAGACCGGAUCGAAGUAGUUCUGGACACUGCGAGGCAGCUAAAGCGCGCCCAUGGAUUUCAAGAGGGCCGCGGGCCUACUCACACCAAAGGAGCUCAUCGAACACCAUUAGAAGCUCAUCAGAAUGGAGGAGAAACAGCAACAAGAGGCCAGCCGGCUCCACCGGCACAUCACGGCCCUACAACUGGAUUUUUACACCACCCCCGUCCCACAGCUAGUGCUGGACUUUUGGCCGAGUACGGAGGUAGGCGCGAAGAACACGAGGGUAGACGUUUGGCACACCUGCCUACUCACCACCUGUCGACACACGCAGGAGCACGCCUAGCCCCUGGUCUUGCACUGAAACGUCAAUUGGAUGAAGACGAUCAUCAGAACCAUCACGAACCAGCUAAGAGGCUGCUAGAGGAACACGCUCGGCCACCGCUAACCCGUGGCGAUUCAUUGCCAGCAGUUUCAUUAGCAGCUCCUUUUGCCCCGGACCGUGUGUUUAAACAAGAAAAGCACCCUCUACGCACACCGUCUUUUGAUGCUUCCUCCUUCAAAUCCAAUGUACAUAAUAUUUCCACAGGUUAUGGAAAUGCGGCACCAUUGACAAAUGGCUCAGCUGGAUCACCACUUGGUCGCACGGCUGGUUCACCUCCAGUGACGGGAGUUGCUGGAGCCGGUCCGUCACCAAUGGCUGCACUGAUGUCUGUAGCUGACACGUUGCCUCCUGGUUCACCAAGAUCCGCUGGUGGUUCUCCACCACAGCCACCUCCACAAAGAUCCGCAAGCCGCUCUAGCCAACACUCACCAAACUCAUCAGGGUCGAACGGCGGGCGGCGGUCGUCGGGCUCCCGGCACGUGUCGUCGACGACAUCGGUGUCGUCGACCGAGGCGGGCGAGGGCACGGAGGCGGCGGCGCCAACUCCCGCACCUCUGCUCAAGUGCACGCUCUGCCAGGAGCGCCUUGAAGACACGCACUUCGUGCAGUGCCCAAGUCAGCCUCACCACAAGUUCUGCUUCCCCUGCUCCCGAGACUCCAUCAAGCGACAGCAAGGAUCAGAGGUGUACUGUCCAAGUGGGGAUAAAUGCCCAUUGGCAAAUUCGACAGUUCCAUGGGCUUUUAUGCAGGGUGAAAUAGCUACAAUCCUCGGCGAGGAGUUCAAGCCGAAGAAAGAACGGGAGACCUAGGGCAGCGCUCCGCAGCCCCGACUUUACCUCUUGUCCCUCUCGUUGUGAACCGUGCACGGGAGGAGUAGCGACUGUGCCGUGGCACGUGGCCGCAAGCGUCGCAGUCGGCGCGCGGCUCCGCGGCGGGGCGAGGCCGGGCCCUCGUCCGUACAAACCGAUAACUUGUAUAUAACUUUGUAAAUAGUAAACUUGUAUGUUUAGUUCGCUCACCAACAGCCAUCGCGCUACGGACAUGGUACGUUGCGGCUGACGAGCGGGGUCGGCCGCGCCACUGAGCACUGUGCUGGGCGUAUCGCAUCUUUUAUUUUAUUUAUUUUUGAGCUCACUGUUCGACUAGGAUCGAAUUGAGAGCGGUGCGAUAUUCCGAGUAUAGCGUUUGUCUAUUUUGAAGAAUUUUUCGAUUAUUAUUGCGUUGUGGAGGUUAACAUACCUCGUACGGAGUUGUCGUUAUAUUUCGAGGGUGGUAAGCUGCUUUGCGAGCAGAUAUUUCUUCGGGAUGCCAUUUUCUUAGUUACCCUUAGGUCCUGAACCAUAGUGAACAUGGCAUUUAUUUAUGUGAUUCUUAUAUAUACUAUACAAGUAUUAUACGAUAUAAUAAUCAUGACAUUUUGUAGCUCAGAGUACUGAUUGUAAAAUCGUAGUUAUUUAAUGACGGAAGCGUAUUGCUCCCUGUACAGACCGUAGAUUGGUGUAUAUUGUAUUUAUCACAUACAGCGCAUGAAAAAUAGUCUUAUUUUAACUAUGAAGCGAUUUAUUCAGAGUGGCUCGAGUUCCGUUACUGUCUCGCAUUUGGCGAUAAAAUUCCGCUUACGAAAUUUUGUUAUUUAAUUUCACUGGUAUUGAUAAUUGAGAAUAAAUCAAAAUUCGAUUUGAUGACGCAGAGCUCGUGGUAGCCGCGUCUUUUUAGUUGAUUAUUUUGUAAGGAUAAGUUAUAGUUACUUGGUGGGAGUCGCAGACGCCGCCACCGGGCGCGGGCGCGGUGGCGGCGCGUGCGCCGGCCAGUUGCGAGGGCGCUUGAUACGUGGGGACGUACCUAGUCAUUUUGUGAAAUGUCAAAUUGUCAGAACCGCGAACACGCGGCCGUUAUAGGAACUCUUAAAACUCGCUGCUAUUUGUAUAAAGUGAAGUAAUCAUUAUAUUAUUAUCAUUAUAUAUGUCAUAAUAUUAAACGAUUCGUAGUUUACGUCAGUUUCGAAAGCUAUCAGACGACAACCGUUUAUAAUGUAUCGUUGCGUUUCUCAGCAGAGAGUGGAACGCGUGGUCGAAUCUUUUCAAUGGUACCUCAGAAAUUCCCCUUAGUUUAGUAUAACAUUCAAUGAGUUUGUCUUUUGCACCAUUUGCAAGAUUUCAAUAUUUUAUUAACCUAAUAUUUAUGCUUGUGAAAUUUAAUCGUACCAACUUCAAUAUCAUUAAUUCGAUAGCUUUUAUAUCUUUAAAUUGAGACGUUAUCAGUGUCUUUAAAUAUUAAAAGUUGGAACAUACAAUGAAAUUGAUAUGUCGAUUAUUUAUUUUAGAUGUUAUUUGUGUACAUAUACGUACGUUGUACAUACUUGUCUACUUGUAAAUAUUUAGGUAGCAGCCGGCGUACACUGUGUACUGCCGAUGCGAUCAGGGCUAUAGAUCCAGUAUUAAUAGGACUUUGAGCCAUGUUGUUUAUUCUAAUUCUUAUUUGAAACUGUUAUUUUACAAGAAUUGCUAAAUUAGAAAAUGAUUGUGCUUUGACAGAUAUAUUUUACGCAUGACUACAUACAUAUGUAUAUUAACUUGUUUCAUAAUACUUAAUUAUGUCCGUAUGGAGGGCGAGAUGUGCACACCUCGAGUGCCAUUCUCUUUUAUAUCAUUGUACUCAGCUGGGUUUUCUACUGAAUUAUGUACUUCAAGUGGAUUUUAUUUAGUUGUGUGAUAUUUGGUAUGAUUUCAUUGCCAAAGGGCUUUUUAUCAAGUGUCGCGAUUCUGAUAGAUUCGAAAUUGAUAUUAGUAUUAUCAAUGGAAAUCACCCGCGAUGGGUUUGUCAUAUUAUGUCGCCAAGUUUGGCAAAGGUGAAAAAUAUUGUAAGCACAAAUUGUGCGUAAUACUUUUUUAUUGAUUUGAAAUGUUACAUAUACGUCAAUGUCGAAGAGGAAACCAAUAUACUGAACGAUUUAAGUUUGUUAUUCAACAAUGGUACAGAGAAAAUUAUUAGUGUUUUUGACUCGCAGUGAAUAUUGCGUGCAUUUUGUUAUAUUUCUACUUUAAUGUUUAAUGUAACUUUGACAUCAAUUCAUAACUAGGGAUCUCAACAGCUGACAUACAUAACAUGUAAUAGGAGGUGCUGUUCUGCUAACGCAAUAUUCUCUGCAGUGCUGCAGUUAACGUACAUGUAACAUAUCAUACGAAUACUGUCCGCCUUUACCCCUAGGCUUGUUUGUAGACGUCGACGAUGUAUCGACACAAAACAUAUGUAUCAUUUUGAGACUUGUCUCUUUCUUACUGUAAGCAGCAAGUGAAAUGCUUCGAUUAAGACGUUAAUGUAAAUGUUGGUGAAAUACAAUUGAUGUGAUUUUGUAUA